AACAGUGACGUGCAACCGACUGACACAGGCUUUUCUAAUGGUGUAGAAGCAGAGUAAACUCCUUGAACACACUGGUCUCAGAUACAAAAAGAAUAAAGUAAAGGCCUUCAAUAUGAAAGUCACACGCUUCAUGCUUUGGCUCUUCUCCAUGCUACUGCUAUCUGUCAGAAGCCAGGCUUCUCAAACAGAAGUCAAAUGUAAUUUCACCAGAAGGAAUUAUGCUUUGAUUCCAGAGGGUAUCAGCAACAAUGUUACCAUCCUUGAUCUCAGUUUUAACCAAAUUACUCUCAAUGAUUCAGAUACCAGGGUGCUACAAAUGUAUUCUUUACUCACUGAGCUCUACUUGAUGGAGAAUAACAUCACUGCCUUAUAUAACAGUAGUUUCAGUAAUCUUUUCAAACUAGAAAUUUUAAAUAUCUGUGGAAAUUCAAUCAGUGUAAUUCAACAGGGUUCAUUUGUUGGCUUAAAUGAACUAAAACAAUUAUUUCUUUGCCAAAACAAAAUAUUACAAUUGACUCCCGAUACAUUUGUGCCUCUAAACAACCUGAAAGUUCUGAAUCUGCAAGGCAAUUUGAUAAGCAUCUUUGAUGCGUCUCAGCUAUUUCAUCUGGAGUUACUAACUCUGGAUGGAAAUCCAUGGAACUGUACCUGCGGUCUACUUGAGCUUCAGAACUGGCUGAAUACAUCUAAUGUGACAUUGGAAAAUGAGAGCAUUACCACAUGUAGCUACCCAGAGGACCUAAAGCACUACAGCAUCAAGUCAGCACCCUUCACAACUGAAUGCCACUCUAAACUUAUUUCCACAAUAUCUGAAGAUUUCCAGUCCAUUAGGAAUUCAUCUUUUAAUAGCUUGUCAAACAACUUAACAUGGAACUCAGAGCACAAGCCUCUUGGGAAAAGCUGGGCUUUCCUGGUUGGUGUUGUGGCCACUGUACUGGUAACAUCACUGCUCAUCUUCAUUGCCAUCAAGUGCCCAGUAUGGUACAAUAUUUUGCUUAGUUACAAUCAUCAUCGCCUGGAAGAGCAUGAAGCAGAAACCUAUGAAAAUGGUUUUACAAGAAACCCAAGUUCUCUUUCACAAAUAACAGAUACAAACUCUGAAGACAUCACAGUAAUAUUUGAACAGCUGCAUUCAUUUGUGGUAGAUGAUGAUGGAUUUAUUGAAGACAGAUACAUAGAUAUCAAUGAAGUACAGGAAGAAAACUAAUUUUAUCCUGUUGAAAUUUUGAAAAAUACUUUCAGUCUAUUUAUAGCUUGGACAAAGAGGUUUUAAUUUGGCAAACAAAACUAUAACCUUCAUAUUAAUUAGUACCUUAUGUUAAUAUCACAAUUAUUAUUUUUACUGUAUUGUACAAAAAAGUCCAAAUGCAGUAAGUCAUACACUGGUAAGCUAAAAGUUUAAUAAUUUAUCUAUACACCAGCAUUUACUAGUGUCAGCAGUGUUCAGGAAACUACAGCCUGCUUAAAACAAGGCCUAAGGACAAUUAUUUGUCAACUAAAAUGAGCAGAUUCUGGUAUUAACAAAUACACAUGCUUCAAUGUCUUAAAUUAUACUAAAAUUAUAAUCAAUAAAGAAAUAUAUAUUUAGAUUUAUAUCAUCAAAGUAAGGAAUGGGAAGCUUUAACUAUAUAAAUGAAUUCACAGAACUAGAGAAUACUUUCUAAUGCUGCCUGAACUUAAAAAAACAAAAUUUCCUCAAAAAUUUGUAGCAAUUUAAAGCACAGGUACAAUGAUUUGGAAUAAUCCCUACUAGUCACUACUGUAUUUGACAGUGAUUGUUAGGAAGAGCUCCACAUACAAUUGCCAUGUUUGAUAUUACAAUGGCUCUUAAACUGGGCAGCAUAACUAAUUACAAAUUUUCUUUAAAAGAAAAAAUUUUUCUCUAUUUCUUUUGGGAGAUUAUUUUUAAAAUCAUUCUGAGCUAGAACUGAGAAUAUUUAAGUAAUCCACACACAUCUCUGUUUCAAUAAACAAAGCAAUGUUUCCCAAAUUGUUUUCUAGAACACUGAUUUUCUACAAUGACACUGACAACCAUUUAUAGAGAAAGAAAAAGGUAUCUGGUUGAAUUACUAAGGAAUCUAAAUCUAAACAUGGUGAAAGAUUUUUUUUUCCUUUAGUACUUAUAGAUUAUACUAAGAUCUGAUAAUUCAAGAGUAAAGUACUGAGUUUUUGAAAGGAGUCUGCAUAGUAUGUGCAAGUCCCUGGGUUUCCUUCCCCUGCCCAUCCUCUGUGUGUAUGUGUAUGUUACAUACAUACACAGAAACAUUAAAAUGUAUUUGAUAAGCAAAUCCUUUCCUUUUUAGGAAGAAAAGCUAAUAGCUCACAGCAUAUUAAUAGAUCAAAUGACACAUUUUGAAAACGUAGGCCUAACAUAGGAAGGGUCUAUCUAAAGUGAAAUGUUUACCAAUUCUCUUAUAAUAACUUAGCUGCAAAUAUGAUUUUAACAACUUAACAGUUUAAAGAGUGGAAUUAAAAAACAGCAAAAUCUGUAUUUUACCAUUGUAUAUGUGAAAAAAAAAACUAAGUGUCUUUAUCUGCAUCCUUUAGAAAUGAGGCUAUCUGUAAAACACUGAACUGCACUUAUGGAUGAAGUAGUAAAACACAUUUUCUGUGUUUUUCUUUGUCUGCACACAUGGGAAGGGAAAGAGUUGAAGAUAGAACACAGCUAGAAAUGUGAUGACAGAACCUGAAUCAUAAUACAUGAGUAUACAAUGCUCUGAUUUUCCAAUUUCUCUUUAAUAAAAAUAUUCAAAAGAAUGUACAUGAUACCUUCUUACAAAAAAAGACUAAUAAUGAACAUCUUUUCAUAAUUUGCAAAUAAGGCUCAUCAAUGACAAUUAAUGCACAAAGCCUACUGGUUAAUAACUCCUUCCAUUAAAGUGGAACUGAAGAUCUACUUAAAAGCCUAGGUUAAAAAUCUAAGUGGCAGAUAUAAUUCAACUUAGAGUUUAAGUCUUUAGAAGGAGAAAUCAUAUUUAUAAACUGGGUAGUCCUUUCUUUUGUAUAAAAUUUAGCUCCAUGGAAGUAAAUAAGACAGCAUAUAUUUGACAUUUAUGUAAAUUUUAUAUUAAGAUGUUAUGAUAAAUUAAGAAAAGAUGAUAUUUUUUACUACAAAUAUAUACUUUAAAUGUAAGAGUUUAGUAAGAUGCCAGUUGAGGUUCUUGUCUGUAGUACCAGCACUUGGGAGGCUGAGGCAGAAAGACCCUCUGAGUUUGAGAUAGCCUACGCUACAGAGUAAGAUAUUGACUCAUAAGAAUCCAACAAUUAAGUGCUGGAGAGAUAGCUCAGUGGUUGGGAGCACUAAAUGCUCUUCCAGAGGCCCCAGGUUCAGUUCUCAGCACUCACAUGGUAGCUCACAGCUCUCUGUGGCUCCAGUUCCAGGGACUCCAAUGCCCUUGCAAAACAUAUACGCAAGCAGAAUGCCAGUGCACAUGAAAUAAAAAUAAAUAAAAAUUUAAUCUAACAAUUAAUUAACAAAAGCAAAAUAAAAGAGAAAAAGUUAAAAUUUUACAAGAAAAUAAAUGACUCACAAGUUAAACCACCUACCAAAACUCACUUAUGCAUAUGAACUUACGCUUGUCUUUCGGUAAAUAUGACAUCCAUACUUUGUGUUUCUCGAUCAUUUUGAGCUUUAAGCUGUGUAAACAGUUAAUACAGACAUUAUUCAUUAAAAAAAGAGUAACUACC